UAUUCCUUAGUGUUACCUAGACUGCAGAAGAUAAAAAGUAGGAAAUCUGUUAUAUAGAUCUGAUUAAAUAAUGCGAUUGAUUGAUUGUCAUAUAACAUUAUAACUGUUCAAAGACUAAGAUGAAAUAUCACUAGAGCAUGAAGAGCAAAGGAAUUCUGUGCAUCAGGGAAGACAUACCUGAAGUAUUGUGAGUGCUGACGGGAGCUACAAGGGUGCUCUGUCUUGUCUACGAGACACAAAUCUCCUGAAAUUCCAUUGAUCAGGGCAAGAGACACUCCAAGCAUGAACCAAACCUCAACAUCCGUGUCCGAGUUUGUCCUGCUUUGUACAGUGGACUCCCAGAAGAAAAGCUAUGCAGUUGCUAUCCUCAUUAUGGUCUACUUGGUGACUCUGCUUGGAAAUUUCCUGGUAAUUCUGGUCAUAGCCAUGAAUUCUCAGUUGCAGAAGCCCAUGUUUGUUGGCAUUGCGGCAUUAGCGGUAAUUGACCUAAUUGGCAGCACAAAUAUCAUUCCCCAGCUAAUCACCAUUCUUUCAGGCUGGGCGGCUAUUCCCUAUGGAGCUUGUUUGCUUCAGAUGUUUUUAGUGUUAUACUUAGGGGGGGCACAAUCCUAUCUCUUGGCUUUCAUGGCUUGUGACCGCUAUGUAGCAGUUGUCCAUCCUCUACGGUAUUCUACAAUUAUUACAAAAAGAACCAUCUUGGUUGCUGGCCUGUUCUUAAAUAUUGUUCCAGCUGCUUUUGUUUUAACAGAUUUAAUUUUUAUCACUGAGCUUUCAUUUUGUGGCACUAAUACUAUAAACUAUUGUUUUUGUGAGUAUAUAUCACUAGUUAAAAUAGCCUGCAAUGAAAAUCCUAAGUACUUUGUCAUUUUGUCAGCCGCUUCCUUUGUGUUUGGUAUUUGUCCAUUUGCAUUUAUUUUACUUUCCUAUGCAAUGAUUGCUUAUGCUGCUCUGAAGAUCCCAUCUACUGAUGGAAAAAGGAAGACAUUUAAUACGGUAACCACCCACCUGCUGGUGGUGGGACUAUCCAAUAUUCCACUUUUAAUCUCCACUAUGUUAACUGGAAUCGGAGUGAAGCUGUCCAUCGAAGAGAACAACGCCAUGAUCAUUGUAGCAAUUAUCGUGCCGCCAAUGUUCAACCCCAUAAUAUACAGCUUCAGAAACAAGGAGAUACGAAGCAGCAUCAAGAAACUUUUUAAAAGAACAUAAAAUAUGCCACACAUUCGGUAGACUUCAGAUUUAUUUGAUGUUUAAUGCUCAGUGAGAUGAUAAUGCUGUGUUUUACUGGUAUAUUUAUCACUAAUGUCAAUAGAAUACAUGGAACAAAGCGACAGCAAACAAGUGUCAUUGAAUAUUUUGUAAUUUCUUGGAAUAUGUUUUUACUUGUUUAAUGUUCCUAUGACAUAAAUACAGUAUAAUAAAAUGGUUGAAUCUGAAGCUCGCCUGUAGAUAAACUGAAGACAUCGUAUUAUCUAUCUCAAGAGCAAGGCCUCAUCCUGACCAGAACAAGAAACAGACCAACAUUGGAGACCCCCGACUAAAGUAUUAUGUGCUCUUCUGCUAGCAUUCUUCUGUUUUAUUUUUUUGAGAGAGUUUAAAAUAGAAUUAGAAAGCAAGCUGAAUUAAUCUUUCUGUUCGUGCUAUAUUUUCUUUGUAUUAAUAUGGUAAAUGAGAUUUACUACUUUGAUGAACAGUAGGGCUGCAAUUCAUACAAAUCAGGAGUGGUCUCCCCUAGACCAUAUAUUCUCGUAUACUCAGAUAUGGGGAUGGAUAUUUGAGGAGUAAACCGCAAGACAAUGAUUAUGUUUUUCUAUUAUGUACAUUAAAGAACCAUCAAUGACAAAUCAAGUCAAAUUAAUAAUAUAUUGAACAAUUCUUAUAAAAGUAAAGUUG